CGGAGGUGAACAGAAAAAUACAAAAUUUCCACUUUGCUCUCGAAUUGAAGCUAAUAUGGCGCUGAUAGAUUGUCUCUGAUUAUUGUUCGUUGUCGGUUUUUAUGUCUUUCAUCCUCAUGGAAGCUGCUUCGAUGCUUCUGUGCUCUAAGGUUAUUCCUCGGGGGUUUUGGGAUGGAGAGAACCGAAAAGUUUCGGUCAGGCAUUUUGACAAACAAGUGAAGUGCCGGUCCUUCCGUGCCGAUUACAGAACCUCUCAGCUUCUCUCUGGUCCUGAAGCGGUAACAAGUUCACCGAGAAGGAUUUGUGCUCUUGUUUCAGCGAGAAAGGGUUCAUGGGUUCCGCCCAAAUGCUCCAUGUCCGAUGCUACAACUUCCGAUUCCGACAACCCGUUGCUUAGGCCUUUCAAAUCCCUCUCUUUUGAUUCAUUGGUGGAGAAUAUUUCUCAGUUGAAACCCAUUGAUGUCCUGAAAUUAUCUGCCGUUGUAUCGGUUUUGGCAGUGGCUGCGAAAAAGACUGUGACUUUGGUCUUCAACCCGUUCUUGUGGAUGUAUUUCAGCUGGACAUGGUUGUUCUGGCCUUGGUUUGUCGCUGUGUCACUUGCGGUCUAUGGGUUAUACUGUUUCCGAAAGCAUUGGCUCGGAGAAGCCAAUGUGUUUGAGCAGCUCGCCAUUAUAACUUCUGGGAAAAGCCAAUCUUUCACAUGGCUUACACUUGUGCCGCCUGCCCAUUUCAAUGGCUAUCUUGAAGGUUGGCCCUUUGUGUUCUUUCUCGCUUACCAUUACUUCUUGUUUUACAACAUCAGCGUGAGAAAACGGCUCUAUGGAGAUCACUUUGCCCGCCCUCACGACCCCAAGUGGGAUGUGAACACACCUUUAUGGACCCGCCUUUUGUUCUGUGUUGGUGUAAUGGCUGGUCACUGGUUAGGAGCUUUCGAACGGCCUGAGCUUCACCUUUUACCAGGAAGUUGGACCAAUGUGGGUAUAUGGAUCUUGAUUGUGAUUGCUAUGCUUACACAAUAUGACUCGUCGCUAUAUCUUGCCAAUUACUCCGAGAAAGUUGUGGUUCCAACAGCUGUUGUGCAGUUUGGUCCAUAUAGAUGUGUUAGGCAUCCAAUAUAUGCAUCUACCAUGCUUUUGUUCGCAACGUACUGCAUCGCACUAAGGGCACCUUUUAGUCUGUUGUUUAUUGUGGCUGUUUGUUUGGUUUAUUACGACAAGAAGGCAAAGUUGGAGGAAGCAUUGAUGGUGGAGGCUUUCGGACAAAGCUAUUUGGAUUAUGCUAAUAAGGUUAGGUGCAAGUUCAUUCCUUUCAUGUACUAGUGCCUUAAGAGAAAUCUUGUUGUUUGUUAUCUGGUAUUAGAAGAAUCUUGUCUGUACAAUUCAAGAUAUUAGCAUAUCAAUUUGAUGGGAAUGUUGGAGCUUGCGAGAAAGAUUUGCUUUAUGCUGUUCUUGGGUUUCCUUCUCUUCCAACUGAAGGUUUGUAUCAUGAGUUGAAAUUGUAAUUUAACUUUAGUUAGAAGUUCAUUCCGAGGAAUA